AUGGCCCCCACGCACGAGCCUGUCCCGGGAGAGCGCGUGACAGACACGAGGAUCCAGUCCAGGUCCAGGAGCAGAAUCAACAGCCUCCACAGCCUCCACAGCCUCCACAGCCUCCAGCUGCCGCUUGCUCCGCUCACUGCAGCUGCCUCCUCCGAAGCACCUCCUGAUUCCUCCGGAGCCUCUCUGCUGGAACGACUCCUCCUAACAGUGGAAACUCAGUCACAACACGGCGGUUUGUCAAUGGAAGAGCGGAGCAUGGUGCAGCUGCCGUUCAUAAAAGUGCUGCAGCGCUCGUGCCCGCGCCACAUGAAGAGGAGGCUUUGCGCGUGCGUGUACACGCGAACGUACGUGCUCGUGAAGAGGCACGAGGGAGGGGGCACCUGUAGCCCGCAGCCCACGUGGAAUGAUAUUUACAUGGAGAGGGUGAAGGAGGCGGGGAGCGGGGACAGGUGA